AGGCCGGCCCGCGAUCUCGUAGCUCCCCCUCCCCUCCCUCCGCCUCCCGGGCUCCUGCUGCAGCGUCAGCCCCUGUCCGGCUUCGGUGGCUGCGGCGGCCCCGAUCCCGCCGCUUCAGCCCCGGCGACCUUUGGGGCCCCUCGCCCCAGAUCCGCAGCACCGCCCAUCCUCGUCGCCUCGGCGCCGGCCUAGGCCGCGGCCGCAGCCCCGGGCUCGCGUCGGUGCCGCCCGCUCCCGGCCCGCCCCCUAUGGGCCCCGGCUAGAGGCGCCGCCGCCGCCGGCCCGCGGAGCCCCGAUGCUGGCCCGGAGGAAGCCGGUGCUGCCGGCGCUCACCAUCAACCCCGCCAUCGCCGAGGGCCCGUCCCCCACUAGUGAGGGCGCCUCCGAAGCACACCUGGUGGACCUCCAGAAGAAGCUAGAGGAGCUAGAGCUUGACGAGCAGCAGAAGAAGCGGCUGGAAGCCUUCCUUACCCAGAAGGCCAAAGUCGGUGAACUCAAGGACGAUGACUUCGAACGGAUCUCCGAGCUGGGAGCCGGCAAUGGCGGAGUGGUCACCAAGGUCCAGCACAGACCCUCGGGCCUCAUCAUGGCCAGAAAGCUGAUCCACCUGGAGAUCAAGCCAGCCAUCCGGAACCAGAUCAUUCGAGAGCUACAAGUGUUGCACGAGUGCAACUCCCCGUACAUCGUGGGCUUCUACGGGGCCUUCUACAGCGACGGCGAAAUCAGCAUCUGCAUGGAGCACAUGGAUGGCGGCUCCCUGGACCAGGUGUUGAAAGAAGCCAAGAGAAUCCCCGAAGAGAUCCUGGGCAAGGUCAGCAUCGCGGUUCUGCGGGGCCUGGCAUACCUCCGGGAGAAACACCAGAUCAUGCACCGAGACGUGAAGCCGUCCAACAUCCUCGUCAACUCCCGAGGGGAGAUCAAGCUGUGUGACUUCGGGGUGAGCGGCCAGCUCAUCGACUCCAUGGCCAACUCCUUCGUGGGGACGCGGUCCUACAUGUCUCCGGAGCGGCUACAAGGCACCCACUACUCGGUGCAGUCAGACAUCUGGAGCAUGGGCCUGUCCCUGGUGGAACUGUCCAUCGGAAGGUACCCCAUCCCCCCGCCGGAUGCCAAGGAGCUGGAGGCCAUAUUUGGCCGGCCCAUGGUCGAUGGUGUGGAAGGAGAACCUCCCAGCAUCUCGCCGCGGCCGAGGCCCCCCGGACGCCCCAUCAGCGGUCACGGGAUGGACAGCCGGCCAGCCAUGGCGAUCUUUGAGCUGCUGGACUACAUCGUGAACGAGCCUCCUCCCAAGCUGCCCAACGGUGUGUUCACCCAGGACUUCCAGGAGUUUGUAAAUAAAUGCAGGCACCCCAGUUUGUUGGCCCUUCAAGCCCGUCACCUCCCAGCUCCCAGGUCAGCCUUCGAAGCCUGCUUCAGGGAGACAGCCCUCUUCCCCCCCUGUGGGUGAUGCGGCCUCAAGCCAGCGGACCGUGGCCCCAGAGGGCCGGUCUGCCGGGCGCCCCGCGUGUUCAGAUGCACACAUGGCAUCCCGGGCUUGCAUGUCCUGCAGCCGAUCUGCGGCUCUGGGUGCCGCCAUCCCCCACUACCCUGUGAACCUCUCUGUGCCCCGGGAGGCUGUCAGUUUAAAGAACCGCCACUCAGCCCUGAGCUGCCCUGAACAACUGCCUUUACAUAGUUCUGCUUUUCUGAAGGAAAAACAUCCAUUUUGACACUUGGACUUGAGCUUGGGGUUUUUUAUUAGACGUUUAGCUGCGGUUGCUACUAGGCCUCUGAGCAAGCAGCAGCCUGGGGCUUUCCCACCCUCUGUCCCUUUCCCUCUUGUCCUGGCCCCAGGCCCUCGCCCUUCCCUCCCGGGCCAGGCAUCCUGCUCUCACACCAAAGGGUGCAGUGGGGCCCCUCGCC